AGGACAUCACUCAAGGCUGCAAGAUUCAUUCAAGGCAUGGGACACGUGUUUGAUGGUGGUGGACAGGCAGUAGAAGAUCUUAUUUAAUUCCAAAGUGCAACGAAAUGAGAGGAAAAAUAAAGAAAAAAGAGUGAGCGAGAGAGAGAGAGAGAGAGCGAGAAGUGCAUGUAGAAUAACACACACCAUGCAUGUAGCAAUUCACACACAAACAAUGCACUUUUAUCUUUAUAGGCACUUUUGGGCCCUAAAGCAUCGAAGGCAAAGAAGAAACCAUGGCAUCUCCUCAAUCACAUCCUCUUAUUGUCAUCCCCACUCUGAUUCCACUUCUUUUUAUUACCCUUCUAAGAACCAUCCUUUCCCAAGACCCCAGUUCCUCUAGUCCCACCAUAGCCGAAUGUGCAUCGCGCCUGCUUCCACUGGCCCCUUGUGCACCAUUUGUACAGGGCACAGCUCAGUCACCAGCGCAGCUGUGUUGCAACAACCUCGAGCAACUCUACAGCCAAGAGCCCCAUUGUCUUUGCCUCUUGCUCAAUGACACUACCUCGAUCAGCUCUUUCCCUAUAAACACCACACUUGCCCUGCAGCUGCCUAAUCUUUGCAAACUCCAAGCCGACAUCUCUGCUUGUUCAGGAAAAAAUGUGCCUCCUAGUUCACAUGGUUCUCAAGUUUCCCCGGAGACAAACACCAACUCUACUCAUUGGACAAAUCCCAACUCGACCGUUGUUGCUUCUCCGAUGGUCCAGCUGCAACCAAGACCCAACAUUAUGGGACUAGGCUUUGGCAGUAGCAUCAGCACCAAAUUGAAAGCAGAAGGUUAUUUUACAUUGAUGGUGACAAUGGCAGCUUUUCUGUUGACGAGAUUACUGUAA